AAAGCGCUCAGCUGUAGAGCUGAGGGAGAGAGGAGAGGACCAAACGCGUCAGCAGCAUCACCGACGUCGGUCGGGACUUCUAGUUAGGUCUUUUAACUUUUAUUUUUGCCCCCAUGAUGGCCGAGCAUCUCCUACAUUACAAUGACUCGACAGGGGUUGGGAACAGAUUCGCCCGGAAAGGAGCGUUGCGGCAGAAGAACGUGCACGAAGUGAAAAACCACAAGUUUACUGCGAGAUUCUUCAAGCAGCCGACGUUCUGUAGCCACUGUACGGAUUUCAUAUGGGGAUUUGGGAAACAAGGAUUUCAAUGCCAAGUGUGCUGUUUUGUGGUCCACAAACGGUGUCAUGAGUUCGUCAGCUUCUCCUGUCCUGGAGCAGACAAAGGUCCCGACACAGAUGACCCCAGAAGCAAGCACAAGUUCAAGAUUCACACGUACGGCAGUCCCACGUUCUGUGACCACUGUGGAUCUCUGCUGUACGGUCUCAUCCACCAGGGGAUGAAAUGUGACACCUGCGACAUGAACGUGCACAAGCAGUGUGUGGUCAACGUGCCGAGCCUGUGCGGGACGGACCACACAGAGCGCCGCGGAAGGCUGUUCCUCAAGAUCGAGGUCAGCGGGGACAGGCUACACAUCACAGUGGGAGAAGCCAGGAACCUGAUUCCUAUGGACCCAAAUGGCUUAUCAGACCCGUAUGUUAAACUCAAACUCAUCCCAGACCCAAAGAAUGAGACCAAACAAAAGACCAGAACCAUCCGCUCCUCUCUCAAUCCCUGCUGGAACGAGUCUUUCACCUUUAAGCUGAAAGUGACCGAUAAGGACCGGCGUCUGUCCAUCGAGGUGUGGGACUGGGACAGAACCACCAGGAAUGACUUCAUGGGCUCCAUGUCGUUUGGUGUGUCGGAGCUCAUCAAAGCCCACCACUGUGGAUGGUACAAGCUUUUGAACCAGGAGGAGGGCGAGUACUACAACGUUCCCAUCCCAGAGGUGGAUGAUGUCAACCUGGAGCUCAGACAGAAGUUUGAGGCCUGCAAGCUAAAUAUCCACUAUCUCAAGAAAGCCAAGCUGGGCCACGGUAAGAAAGUGAUCACGCCAUCGGACCACAGGCGCUUCAGCUUCCCCUCAAGUAACAUGGACCGAGUCCGGCUCAACGACUUCAACUUCCUGGCCCUGCUGGGCAAAGGCAGCUUCGGCAAGGUGAUGCUGGCAGAGAUGAAGUCGACGGAGGAGCUCUACGCCAUAAAGAUCCUGAAGAAAGACGUGGUGAUCCAGGACGACGACGUGGAAUGCACGAUGGUGGAGAAGAGGGUGUUGGCUCUGAGAGACAAACCACCUUUUCUCACGCAUCUCCAUUCCUGCUUUCAGACUGUGGAUCGGCUCUACUUUGUGAUGGAAUACAUUAACGGGGGCGACCUCAUGUACCACAUCCAACGUAUGGGCAAGUUUAAAGAGCCUCAGGCCGUGUUUUAUGCUUCAGAGAUUGCUGUUGGUUUGUUCUUUCUGCACCGAAAAGGAAUCAUUUACAGGGAUCUGAAGCUGGACAACGUGAUGCUGGACUGUGAAGGCCACAUUAAGAUAGCUGACUUUGGCAUGUGCAAGGAGAACAUGUAUGAAGGGAUGUCCACACGCACCUUCUGCGGCACCCCGGACUACAUCGCUCCCGAGAUUAUUGCCUACCAGCCUUACGGCAAAUCAGUGGACUGGUGGGCCUAUGGAGUUCUGCUGUAUGAGAUGCUGGCAGGGCAGCCUCCAUUUGAUGGAGAAGAUGAAGAUGAGCUCUUCCAGUCCAUCAUGGAGCACAAUGUGUCCUACCCAAAGUCCAUGUCCAAAGAAGCUGUGUCCAUCUGCAAGGGGCUGAUGACGAAGCAUCCGUCCAAGCGUCUUGGCUGUGGUCCAGAGGGUGAGCGGGACAUCAGAGAGCAGGCCUUCUUCAGACGCAUUGACUGGGAUCGCCUGGCCAAUCGGGAGAUCCAGCCGCCGUUUAAACCCAAAGUGUGUGGCAAGGGGGCAGAAAACUUUGACAAAUUUUUCACGCGCACCCAGCCGGUGUUGACCCCUCCAGACCAACUGGUCAUCGCCAACAUCGACCAGAGCGAGUUUGCCGGUUUCUCCUACGUCAACCCACAGUUCAUCCACCCGUCCCUGCACAGCGUGGUAUGAGGAGGAGCCAGCGUCCUGCGAACACCAGGCUGUUGAAAGACUCGUAUAACCCUCUAGUUUGUGUCUUAACAGUUACCAAUUCCUGUGCACAGAAAUGACCAAGGAGUUAGGAAUGUUGGAAAGAUGAAAAUCAACGUACACACACACUGUUUCUUACCCUGAAUCUGCGUUUCCAAACACACAGCUGUGGGGUUCUCCACAGCCUUUAUCUUGUGAAUGAAUGUGUCUCAGUAUCAGUUACUAUCUCCGUUUGGUGUUUAAAGAUUUAAUCACACUUCUGCACGAAAAGAACAGAUAUCUUUAUCUACAUGUAUAUUUAUAUACUUUUAAAAAUGAUCGUAAACAGCUACUCCAGUGCCAAAAUUGAGAUGACGAAAAAACGAUGAUGUGUUUUUCUCCUUGGAACCUUUCCCUUAAAACAAGUCUGCAUCUGUUGUUUUGUAACGUGCAACUACAAUAUAUCAAACUCUUUGUGGAGAAGCUGAAGCGGAUUGCGUUCCACUUUUCAGUGUGCAGAUGCGUCCUGCAGCCGUUAAGUCAGAAACGUUUUCAAGUAUUAAAAUGCUAUUUUCAUAUCCACAAUCUCUGUCGCAUGCUUGUUUUCUGACUGUGUGAGCUGUAGAGUUUAGGAUGCGUCUUGUAUCACUGUAAAGUUUAGACCCACGAUGUAAAAUGAUGUCGAUAUAUAUCUGUUCUCCGUUGGUUCUGAUGGGAAAAACAUUAUCUUCCUCUCUUUUAUGUCCAGAAAUGUCUCUAACGUGUCCCUUUUUUGUAAAUAUGACUGAAAAAAGGAGUUGCUGGCAGAUUUUAUACCACAAAAUGAAUGUGCUUUUAUUACCAUAGGCAGUUUAAACAUUUUUAUGUUUAGAUUAGACCUGAAGACAGAUGUUAUAUUUAAAUAUUUAAAGUUUGGCUGAUUCUUUGGUAGCUUUGGUAACGGCGAACCCUGUUAUACAUGUAUUGAGUAUUUAUCCAGUGUUUUAUACUCUGUGUCAUAAAGAAUAUGCAGCACUUUGUUGUGCGUGGAGCAGCCGAACGCCCUCUUGCCUUGGUCCUGUCAGGGUCGACUCCCGCUGUAACAAACCCAAUCCCAAACGGAGUCAACCCGGAGCGCCCUGCGGUCCAAACACGUCCUGUCUUUAUAUAUUUAGUGUGCAUGUGUGCGGCGAGGCCUGAUCCGAGCAUGAAAAAGACCCCUGCAUGAUACAGAGAACCCCGCUGUGGAACAUGGAGUAACGCCGAAUGAAACAACCAACCAGCAUCGUGUGUUUUCUUAUGUCGUUCAACGCUCGCCGUCGUGUAGCUCUUAACUGUCAACGAGCUAAAUCAGAAAUAUGUGAACAUUUUUUCAUCUGUUCUCUGGUGCCAAAAUCCAAAAUCGUUAUUUUUACCUUUUUUAAAAACUCACAAUAGCAAAGAUUCAAAAGGCCACAUUUAGAUUUUAAAGUAGUUCAUGACUGACUUUGCGCCUGUUGCACAUCUGGACCAAAAUGAAACCUUCAAGGUGAAAUCGAAUGUUUACAUGUCUCACAUUGAGAACCCAUGUAGAAGAAAUAAUCACAGGAAACAACAACAACCACUUCAAAUCAGUUGUGGAGAUAAUCAAAUGUUUGAGAAGAACCAUGUGUUCCUUCUACUGGCCCUGCUUUGUUAACCUUCUUGUUCCUCUGUUGAUUGUGGUAUGAUGGAAACUGUACCAAUAAAGUAUGAAAUAUAUACAGCAGAAUAUUAC